AUGCCUUCGCUACUACUUUGGGAUGAUCAAGGCCUAAGAAAUUUUGAUACUUGGACUAAAUCCCCAUCGUAUUAUCCAAAACGCUGCGAGUGGGAGAUUUUGACCAACUAUCGACAUGAUAUUGCUCGCCAGUUCCCAGCAACAUCUGUAUUAAUCGAGCUGGGUUGUGGAAACCUCAUGAAGACUGCAUGGCUUCUAGCCGCGAUGGAGAAGGAGCGUCGACAUGUGUACUAUUAUGCACUUGAUGUUUCGGAUGAUGCCCUGUACAAGAACUUAAAUAGUCUGAAGAAGCAGUUCAUUGACUCGCAAUUCAUCAGUAUUGCAGGAUUAAGUGGCACGUACGAUGACUGCGUUGAAUGGCUUGCCAGCUCUGCAAGUCUACCAGCGUCAACUAUAACAUUCCUAUGGUUGGGAAACAGCGUCGCCAACAUGCCCCAACAGGACGUGAGCAUUCUUCUAGGCCAGUUCCAUCAGGCUUGCCGUAAGAUGUCAGCAGACUGCAACUUUCUAAUUUCUGCGGACUCUUGCGCAGAUGAAAACCGUAUCCUCAAGGCAUACGAUCCUACCAGUGGUUCAUCGCGUGUGUUUCUAUUCCAUGGUCUACACCACGCGAAUCGACUAUUAGGACAGGCUGUGUUCAAGGAAGAGGAGUGGAACGCUAUCCCUGAAUGGGAUAAGGUGUUGAACGAACUUCGAUAUAGCUAUGUACCAAAGAAAGAUGUCCACUUGGAUGUUGGCAAACUACAAGUUACGUUGAAGAGAGGCGAACCAAUUCACUAUUUCAUGUCAGGCAAAUGGAACGAGUCACAAGUUGGCUCUAUUGCUGAAGGGGCGGGGCUCGAAGUAGGCAAAACCUGGAGGGACACCCAGAAGGAGUAUUGCUUCUAUCUCUUACAGAGCACAACGUCUGCUUCGAGUGUUGUCGGACAUAAGGAAAUCGCAGAACGGAGCUUGAUUUGA